CACACACACACACACACAAGACAGAGCCGGAGCAGACAUGGCCGUGGUGUGAAGUGCCGGAGACACCCCCCCCCCCUCCCCUCUCUCUCUCUCCCUCCUUCCCUCCCCUUUACCAAACACUAGCACCCCUCCCCUUCUGCAUAACAUCAUGCAUCUCCUACACCUCGGUGCAAAGUGCUGAAGUGUGGCUUUUUCGACACUCGGACACAAAGAGGGAGAAUGGCGGAUCGCAGCAUUGAUAGUCUGGCUCUUCCUCUCGAGGUGAGGGCCAAGCUGGCCGAGCUGGAUUUGGAAUUAUCCGAAGGAAGUGAUGCAAUGGAAUUUCCUAGGCAUGGCUACGAAGAAGAAAGACACAAUGGCAUCGCACUAGUAUCCAAGCAUCCCAGUGAGCUGCACCUAAUUACUGACAGCACCUUUCUUCAACGCGAUACAAAACCUAACUAUAAUGGGGACAUCACGCAGAAAGGGUAUGAAAAGAAGAAAUCCAAACUGCUCGGGGCUUACCUGCCGCAACCUCCAGGAGUGGAACCGUCCCUGCCUCAAGAGCGGCGAACACCCGUUACCCCAUCCUCCUCCUCCAGGUACCAUCGCCGCCGGUCAUCGGGAUCCCGAGAUGAGCGGUACCGAUCAGACGUACACACAGAGGCAGUGCAAGCUGCCCUUGCCAAACACAAAGAGAGAAAGAUGGCUGUUCCCAUGCCGUCUAAGCGACGCUCAUUGGUGGUCCAAACAUCCAUGGAUGCCUACACACCUCCAGUGAUGCACAGCCCUCAAGGGUUGGUCAGAGGAACAAGAAGGCUAAAUACUGAACUGAUUAUAAAAUAUACCUCUUCUGGGUCAGAAGAUGAGGGAUCAGGGCAAGGUGACUCGCAGGGAACCCCUUCCUCCAGCCAAGGCAGUCUGAACAUGGAACACUGGAUCAGUCGAGCGAUCCAUGGCUCCACAACAUCAUCCACCAACUCUUCCUCAUCCACACAGAGUGGGGGAAGUGGGGCUGCUAACGCACUGGCUGAUGUCAUGGCACAAACACGCAUCGAAAACCACUCUGCACCUCCAGAUAUCACCACUUACACAACAGAGCACUCAAUACAAGUUGAACGGCCACAAGGAUCAACAACAAGAACUGUCCCAAAAUAUGGCAAUGCUGAGCUAAUGGAAACUGGUGAUGGAGUCCCAGUCAGCAGCCGCGUCUCUGCGAAGAUCCAACAGCUUGUCAACACCUUGAAGCGGCCAAAGCGGCCGCCAUUACGGGAAUUCUUCGUCGAUGAUUUUGAAGAACUACUGGAAGUUCAACAGCCAGACCCUAACCAGCCGCGGCCAGAAGGAGCCCAGAUGUUGGCCAUCCGGGGAGAGCAGCUGGGUGUAGUGACUAACUGGCCACCUUCGCUAGAGGCAGCUCUUCAACGCUGGGGCACCAUCUCUCCAAAAGCACCUUGCCUGACAACCAUGGACACGAAUGGGAAACCACUCUACAUUCUUACAUACGGGAAGCUGUGGACAAGGAGUAUGAAAGUGGCCUACAACAUUCUGCACAAACUGGGCACCAAGCAGGAACCGAUCGUCAGGCCUGGAGAUAGGGUAGCUCUUGUUUUUCCAAACAACGAUCCUGCUGCAUUUAUGGUGGCUUUUUAUGGUUGCUUAUUGGCGGAGGUUGUUCCUGUUCCAAUUGAAGUGCCCCUUACAAGGAAGGAUGCCGGAAGCCAACAAAUCGGUUUUCUUUUGGGAAGUUGUGGUUCUACCGUUGCACUAACGAGCGAUGCUUGUCAUAAAGGCUUGCCGAAAACUCCAACAGGCGAGAUCCUACAGUUUAAAGGUUGGCCACGUUUGCUGUGGUUUGUCACAGAAUCGAAGCACCUGUCAAAGCCUCCACGGGACUGGUUCCCUCACAUCAAGGAUGCAAACAAUGACACUGCAUACAUUGAGUACAAGACGUGUAAAGAUGGCAGUGUACUUGGUGUGACCGUGACCAGGAUUGCACUCCUGACCCAUUGUCAGGCCCUGACUCAAGCUUGUGCUUACACAGAAGCGGAAACCAUUGUAAAUGUAUUGGAUUUUAAGAAAGAUGUUGGCUUGUGGCAUGGUAUUCUUACGAGUGUUAUGAACAUGAUGCAUGUAAUCAGUAUCCCAUAUUCAUUAAUGAAGGUGAACCCCCUGUCAUGGAUACAGAAAGUCUAUGCAUAUAAGGCCAAAGUGGCUUGCGUGAAGUCCAGGGAUAUGCAUUGGGCCUUGGUGGCACACAGGGAUCAGCGAGACAUCAACCUCACCUCACUGCGGAUGCUCAUAGUUGCAGAUGGAGCCAAUCCUUGGUCCAUUUCUUCUUGUGAUGCAUUCCUGAAUGUUUUCCAAAGCAAAGGAUUGCGUCCUGAAGUAAUCUGCCCUUGUGCCAGUUCACCUGAAGCGCUUACUGCAGCUAUCCGCAGGCCGACAGAUGAUACCAACCAGCCUCCUGGUCGAGGCGUCCUCUCUAUGCAUGGCCUGAGUUAUGGGGUGAUAAGAGUGGACUCUGAAGAGAAGCUGUCUGUUCUGACUGUGCAAGACGUUGGAAUGGUGAUGCCCGGAGCCGUGAUGUGUGUGGUAAGACCGGAAGGAAUCCCGUUGCUCUGCAGAACUGAUGAAAUCGGUGAACUCUGUGUCUGCUCCAUCGCUGCGGGUACUUCCUACUAUGGUCUAUCAGGGAUGACGAAGAACACUUUUGAGAUGUUCCCCAUUCUAAGCUCCGGUGCUCCAGUCAGUGAAUAUCCGUUUGUCCGAAGUGGACUCUUGGGCUUUGUUGGCCCUGGAGGAAUGGUCUUUGUGGUGGGGAAGAUGGACGGUCUUAUGGUGGUCAGUGGGCGGCGGCACAAUGCAGAUGACAUCGUGGCAACGGCACUGGCAGUGGAACCAAUGAAGUUCGUCUAUAGAGGAAGAAUAGCUGUGUUUUCUAUAACUGUUUUGCAUGACGAGAGGAUCAUAAUCAUUGCUGAACAGAGACCAGAUUCUACUGAGGAGGAUAGCUUUCAAUGGAUGAGUAGAGUCCUUCAGGCAAUCGAUGGUAUCCAUCAAGUAGGGGUUUACUGCUUGGCCCUGGUACCAGCUAAUACUCUUCCAAAAACUCCUCUGGGUGGCAUACACCUCUCUGAAACCAAACAGUGCUUUUUAGAAGGUUCUCUCCAUCCUUGCAAUGUGUUAAUGUGUCCACACACUUGCGUAAUAAAUCUGCCCAAACCAAGGCAGAAACAACCAGAGAUCGGCCCUGCUUCCGUAAUGGUGGGAAAUCUGGUAUCAGGAAAGAGAAUCGCCCAGGCCAGUGGAAGGGAUCUAGGGCAGAUUGAAGAUAACGACCAAGGCAGAAAGUUUAUGUUUCUGGCUGAAGUUCUUCAAUGGCGUGCGCAAACUACUCCUGACCAUGUGCUUUUCACACUACUGAAUUCUAGGGGAACAAUAGCCAAUUCUUUAACAUGCCUUCAGCUGCAUAAACGAGCAGAGAAAAUAGCAGUAAUGCUGAUGGAGAGGGGACACCUACAGGAUGGAGAUCACGUGGCUUUGGUUUAUCCACCAGGAAUAGACUUAAUUGCGGCAUUUUAUGGAUGCCUGUAUGCAGGUUGUGUGCCAAUAACUGUUCGACCUCCACAUCCACAGAAUAUUGCUACCACGUUACCCACAGUGAAGAUGAUAGUAGAGGUCAGUCGGUCAGCAUGCAUUAUGACAUCCCAAUUCAUUGUAAAACUCCUAAGGUCGAGAGAAGCUGGGGCUGCUGUUGAUGUAAGAACGUGGCCUCCUGUUUUAGACACAGAUGAUUUGCCAAAGAGACGGCCUUCCCAAAUUUACAAACCCUCAAACCCCGACACUUUGGCCUACCUUGAUUUUAGUGUAUCUACGACAGGAAUGCUGGCAGGGGUGAAGAAAAACUACUGCUGGGAGGUUGAAGACUCUUACACAGGAGCACCUGGCAUAUAUGCACAAGCCUUGCCCUCUAUUUCCAUCAAUCAGUUCACUCAUAAUAUGUCCCAUGCAGCAACCAGUGCCUUGUGUCGAUCAAUUAAGCUGCAGUGUGAGCUCUAUCCGUCUCGAGAAGUAGCAAUCUGCUUGGACCCUUAUUGUGGACUUGGAUUUGUUCUUUGGUGCCUCUGCAGUGUCUACUCAGGGCAUCAGUCCAUUCUCAUCCCGCCUUCAGAAUUGGAGAUAAACCCCUCACUCUGGCUUCUUGCCGUUAGUCAGUAUAAAGUGCGAGACACUUUCUGCUCCUAUUGUGUCAUGGAACUCUGCACCAAGGGGCUAGGCUCGCAAACCGACUCACUCAAGAGCAGGGGAUUGGAUCUAUCUCGUGUUCGGACGUGCGUUGUCGUCGCAGAAGAGCGUCCCAGAAUAGCACUCACCCAGUCUUUUUCUAAGUUAUUUAAAGACCUGAACCUUAACCCAAGAGCUGUGAGCACAUCCUUUGGCUGCAGAGUGAAUCUUGCUAUCUGCCUUCAGGGUACUUCGGGACCUGAUCCUACAACUGUUUAUGUGGAUAUGAGAGCACUGAGGCACGACAGGGUCCGUUUAGUGGAAAGAGGAUCUCCUCACAGUCUGCCUCUCAUGGAGUCCGGAAAAAUACUACCUGGAGUGAGAAUAAUCAUUGCCAACCCUGAAACAAAAGGACCGCUGGGGGAUUCUCACCUUGGCGAGAUUUGGGUUCACAGUGCUCAUAAUGCGAGUGGAUAUUUCACCGUUUAUGGAGAUGAAUCACUUCAAUCAGAUCAUUUUAACUCCCGCCUAAGCUUUGGAGAUACACAAACAGUAUGGGCUCGAACUGGUUACUUAGGAUUUCUUAGACGGACGGAUCUUACUGACGCCAGUGGAGAACGCCACGAUGCGUUGUAUGUUGUGGGUGCUUUGGAUGAAGCAAUGGAAUUGCGAGGAAUGAGGUAUCAUCCCAUUGACAUUGAAACAUCUGUGAUUCGUUCUCACAAGAGUAUCACUGAAUGUGCGGUGUUUACCUGGACUAAUCUUUUGGUGGUGGUUGUGGAACUGGAUGGAUCAGAACAGGAGGCUUUGGACCUUGUUCCCCUGGUUACUAAUGUGGUUCUGGAGGAACAUUACCUGAUUGUAGGAGUUGUAGUUGUGGUAGAUGUCGGAGUGAUCCCAAUAAACUCUCGUGGAGAAAAGCAACGCAUGCAUCUAAGGGAUGGAUUUUUGGGAGACCAACUCGAUCCGAUCUAUGUGGCCUACAACAUGUAGCCUCUUGUUCAAGGCUUCCAUUGACUAUGUGUAUGUACAUAUGUAAAAAUUACUCUUUGGUGUUCACCACAAAUGUGCAGAAACCGAAAGACAAAUGGUUGCUCCAGAGGGGGACUUUCUGCACUUGCAAGCACUAGUGACUCGUCACAAAGAUGUGAAACUAUUCCUUUGUACCACAAAGACAAUGAUUAGUACACAGCCCUUUGAAGGUCAAAAUCCCAUCAUGGAAUCGAUUUCUUGCUUGUUGGUUGAUUAACUGCUUUUAAAGUAAGUGUACUAUCUGCGCUCUGUAUUUUUAAGUUAUGUCAGCUGAAGUUGCUAAACGUUUUUUAAUCUGCCCUCUAAGGGGGUGCUGUUUAUGUAUUCACAUACUGUGGCAAAAAAAGCAAGUAUUUUAGGUUGUCGAUUCUUGAGAUUUGGUCAAAAUUCGUUCAAAAGUUGUAAACAAGAAACCUUCUACCUAGAAAUGACUGACCGAAGAUAUUUUGUUCCUCCUUUUAUUUUCUUGUAGGUCUGGUAUUUGAUAUUAAGAGGUACAAGAGUAACAUCUACCAUGUCUGCACCUUUAGAGUUGCAACUAAGUUAUGGGUUCCCUCUCAAAGCAGGGCUUGGGGAAAAACACGCAAGGACAAUUAGGAGCUGUCUGCCACCUAACAAUGGGGGUGUAGAUUGCAGGUCCAUCCAGUAAUAGGGUUCAGAUAAGUUUUCAUGUGUGAUGAUUACCAUUGUACUACAAAAAAAGGAGAAAAAACACUGAGUAACUUCAUAUUGUGUAAUUAUGUACAAAACAGUUUUAAUUUAUUUUGUUCUUUAGAAGUAUAUUAAGAGAGAGACAUUUGAGAAUGUUUUACUCUUUUAAAUGUUUGCUAUUAAAAGGCAAAGUGUUACAUUUUAUGUGGAUAGCUUCACAUCUGCACACUAUAUUCGAGGUAAUUCAUCAGAUCUUUGGUUUUACCAAUGGAAGAAAUAUUGAAAAUGCAGUAAUUCUUACUUGCAUGGUGUCCCAGUUUUUUAAGAUGAACGUAAGGUUGUGUUAUUCACUCGGUCCACCUCAGAGGUGCAGUAUCCUAGCACAUGAUGUGAUGUACGCAAGCACCUUCCAUCAGAAGAUAAAAGUUUGUGAAAAGAUCUGUGGACAUCUUUAUGCUUGUGAAUUAACUGAAGUUUAAAGUGCACUAAAAAUAUUUUAAAAAAUCAAUAAAAAAAUUGUAUUGUGCCAGAUUGGCUGGUGUUCAUUAAUAACUUUGUGUUCGCAUGUGCACACAUACACUGACUGUUGUUAGACUCUCCACAUGUGGCAGGUUAAACAGAGCAGGUUGUGUGGUUUUCAGGAUGUGCACAUACUUUAACAUCCCCAUGUGCUUUAAACUCCAAACUGACAGCUAUACUUUCAAACUUUUUACUUACUGCUGCUAAUUGUAUUUAUGGUAAGACUUUUUCUUAACCUGUUUUGGGUUCUAAGAAAAUUACAAAAAUAACUAACUGCAAAAGAGCCAUUUUUCCAGUAAACCUUUUUAAUUAUAGGUUAAGAAACUAAUGUACAAGAAACAGUGUUAAUUUUUUAUAAUCUUUUACAACAAUAUUUUGCAAUGUGAGUUUUAAUUUUUGCUCUAAAAGAUGCAAUAUGCACACAAAAUGGUGGCUGGUAACUUUUCCCUUACUCCAUUUUGUGACAAGCCCAUGUUCCAUUGUUAGUCAUUUGCCGUUUGUCAAGCUAAACAUUCUCCCAUGUGCUUCGAGACAGACCGGGUCUGGUCUACAGUAAAUUUCUUAGAGCUCUUCAAAUAUUGCUGGUUUAUGAUUAAUUGGUAAGAGAUGCUAGAUAAACAGAGAGAGAGAUUGACAACAGUUAAAAAAAUAAUUCCAAUUGUGUUUUGACAGCAGUACUGCAGAAACUUGACAGAAGAUACACCUGUUUAGUAGCUGGCUCCCCGAGUUGCCUGAUUGGAUAUGAAACACAGAAUACUGCCUUAAUUAGUGACCAAGCCCAAGGAUAUUGAAUAUCCUCUGGUGCAUCAAAAUGGUGUUUGCCAUUUUUGAGGAAAUAAAGAAGAAUAAAUAGUAGGGAUGGUAAUACUGCUCCCAGGUCCUGAGAACCAAAUCCAACACAUUGGGUAAUAUUGCCUUAGCAAGGUUUAUCAUAUUUUUUAUGCCAGGUCUGUUGCGUCCUGUGCUACCUGCCAUUUGUAAAGAGAGUCUAACAUUUACUAUUUGUAGUAAAGUAGAUUUCUUGUUUUGUUGUGAGAAUGGAAGAAGCAACCAUCCAGAGUCCUCACAGACUCAGCAAUAAAGAAGGCUUGUCCCGUAUUAGGAAAACUUACUAUAGUUAAACCAUGCAUUAGAAUGUAUAAAAACUGUUUGUCUUGUGAUCUAGUGCUUUGAAGUAAAAGAAAACCAUGUAAUCAAAUGAUGCACAUGCACAAAAUGGAAGGUACAUGAAGAGCAUAUAAUAUCAAAAACAGGAUCAGAUUCCUCACGGUGCUUGUUAUUAUUAUCCUGCUUGACACUUUACCCAAGGGAAGACUGUCCCUUUUAUCAGUUGAAUGUUAGCAGCGUUCAGUCAUAUAGUCCAGUGACUGGUAGAGAAUGUUGUGUACUCAACCAAUCACAAUGGAUUUUACUGUGCAAAGGACAGCAAUCUUUCUUGUAUGUUAAACCACCAGUACGCUUUGUACAUCUGUGAUAACGCCUGUUUUAUAUUCAAAUGAAUAAAUAAAAGCUUUUAUUUUUGUUGCUCUGAAAA